AUGUGGCUAAUCAACACCACAACGCUCAAGCUCGCCGAGUUCCAGGGCGGGCCCCCCUUGCUGCCGUACGCCAUCCUCUCCCACACCUGGUCCGACGGCGAGGUCUCGUUCCACGACAUGGCCGACUUCGUCCACGCGUCAAAGAAGCCCGGCUUCACCAAGAUAUGGAAGACCUGCGAGAUCGCCCGCGCCGCCGGCAUCGAGUGGGCCUGGGUCGACACCUGCUGCAUCGACAAGAGCAGCAGCGCCGAGCUGACCGAGUCCAUCAACUCCAUGUUCCGCUGGUACAACGACGCGCACAUCUGCUACGCGUACCUCUCUGACUACCCCCCAUCAACCUCGCAGCCUCGCAGCAACCUCUUCCGGCCCGCGGAGCAACUGUCGGCCGCGGAGCUCGGGCAGUGCCGCUGGUUCUCGCGCGGCUGGACGCUCCAGGAGCUCGUCGCGUCACGGGACAUCACCUUCUUCGACAAGAACUGGAACGACAUCGGCUCCAAGGCGCACCUGCAAUCCCUCCUCGCGAGCAUCACCGGCAUCGACCAGGAAGUCCUCGAGGACCCGGCCGCGGUGUACGAAGUCCCCGUCGCGCGGCGCAUGUCCUGGGCCGCGCGCCGCCGGACGAAGCGCGAGGAAGACAGGGCGUACAGCCUCUUCGGCAUCUUCGACGUCAACCUGCCGCUGAUCUACAGCGAGGGCCGCAAAGCGUUUCUGCGCCUGCAAGAAGCCAUCCUCCAGAACAGCACCGACCUCUCCCUCUUCGCCUGGGACUCGUCCGACGACGACACCCAGGCCUUCCGCGGCCUACUCGCCCAGUCCCCCGACGAGUUUGCAGACGGCUCAUGUCUUGUCCCGAUCCAGGACGCAGCCAUCCAGCAAACAGAGAUCCGCAUCACCAACAAGGGCAUCCACUUCAAGCCGGACGUGAUGCUCAUCUCUCGUCAACACCUCGAGCGCCUCGCCCCUGACGACAGCACGCCUUCAGAAUCAGGCGACUCAGACGCAACAAUGGGCCGCAGCACAUCCAGCCUCCCCUCCCUUGUUCCAGAGGCCCUCCUCCCCCAAGAACGCCGCGCCUUCGUCAUGAAGCUGAACCACUACUACCUCGCCCCCUCCCACCCCCCGCCGGACAUCAACCACCACCUCUACGUCUGCAUCGAGCUCUUCCGCACGCCCGACGCCUUCGUCCGCCGCCGCCGCUGGAUCCUCGAGUGGUCGCGCGGCACGAACCCCAAGAUCGCAGACAAGCGCGAGGUCCACAUCCCGCGGCACCUCUCCCCGCCGCAGUCGCGGUCCGUCAUCCGCGAGGCCGACCACACCUUCUCCAUCUCCUGCAAAUCCCCCACGGGCUACCGCGUCAGCGUGACCACGGGAUUCCCAGCGCACCUCUGGUUCGCCGAGACAUCCACCUUCUGCACAAAAGCCCAGCCGGGUUUCGUGGGCAUGGUCAGCAUCAAGCAGAAAGCCGACGGCGACUGGGUCACCUUCACCCGCAAGAACGGCGGCGAGAUCCACUCCCGGAAAUGGCACUACCCCGACUUCCGCGUCUUCUUCGGCCUCGGCCGCCCCGGCUCCACCCCGGAAACAUCCUUCUCCUCCUCAACACUCUCGCUGCCUCCCCAGCCAGAAGCCUGGGUCUAUGUCCCCACGCGCGCUGACCUCCUCCUCGGCCGGUCAACGCUCUGGGGCGGCUACAGCCAGAGCGAGCUCGACAACCCCGAAGGCCUGCGGCACCUGAUCCGGCGGUCCUGGGACCCGAGCAGCUACGCGUACCCGCCGUACACGCUCGGCGGGACGCGGCAGGCGCCCGUGAUCUCGGACUGCAAGGACGCGUCGGGCUGGUUCGUGCUGCGCGCGGAGUACGAGGAGGCGGCGGGCAUUGUCACGCGGGAGGACGCGGAGGUGCUGGCGGCCAAGUCGUUGGAGGUGCAGGCUGCGGUGACGUCGCACCGGUUCCCGAGCGGGAUGACGGAGCACCGGCUGGAGAUACAGGCGCGGCCGGUGAGGGAUCGGUUUGAUGAGGUGUCGAUGUUUUCGGGGCCGCAAGAUAUGUGUGCGGAGUAUCUUUGUUUGAUAUGA